GGAAUGCCCCUCUCUUAGUUCUACGCAGCUGUGAUGUCACGAGGGGCGUGGGAAUUCCUCCCCCAGUAGGGCGGUUCCUGCCGACGGCGGGAGAAGCUCUUUUCCCCGCCAUGGAGGUUCUGCCGCUCCUGUUGAUGGUCCCGGCCCUGUGCAGUUUCCUAUUCACCUUCGGGACUGGAGUGGAGCUGAUCCGCUUCGUUUCCUUCCGUGCUCUGUUCCUGCAGCUGCCCACGGGGGCUGGGGCCCCCCAACACAGAGCCGAUGCUGCUCCUAGUCCUGGAUGGGGAGCUGCCCUGAGGGACCCCAAGAUUUUGCACCCCUUAAUCAUGGAUGUGGGCCUGAUUGUCCUCUUCAUCUUGCAGCACAGUCUCAUGGCCACCGACCGGGUCAAAAGCUGGACCAGCAGCUGCUUUGGGGUCCUGCAGAGAUCUGUCUAUGUUUUCUGCACUGCCCUUGCUCUCCAGUUGCUGAUGAGAUACUGGCAGCCAGUACGGGAGGGCCCCAUGCUCUGGAAUAUUAGCACUGAACCAUGGGUCACUUGGGUCCCGCUCAUCUUCUUCAUCCUCCACUUCAUUGCCUGGUUGGUCAUCUUUAGCGUCAUCCUUAUCUUCGACUAUGCAGAGUUGAUGGGGGUCAAACAGGUUUAUUACCACUGUCUGGGCAUGGGGGACCCGUUGGCAGUGAAGUCCUCCCGUGCUGUCCGCCUCUACUCCCACCUACGCCACCCUGUCUACCUGGAGUUUCUCCUCAUCCUCUGGGCCGUUCCCUGCCUCUCCCUCGACCGCCUGCUGCUUGCUUUGCUCUUCACGACCUACCUUACCUGCGCCCACAGCCUUGACCAGCAAGACUAUCUCUACCUCCGAGCCCAGCUGGACAAGAAGUUCCAGGUCUUCUCCCGGGAGGAGGCAGCCUAUGGUGACCUGCUGGCUCAGAAUGGCCCUUCAGUCCAUAAGGAGAACUGAGCAGGUGUAGAAGCGGUCCCAGAAUACUGGGAGUUAUAGUGAUCCAGGGCCUGGCAGCCUGGUACCUCCCAUGCUAUGCACUGAAUGAUGCAAUGUGUCUUAUUGCCCUUUGCUUAUCUGCACUAAAGACUUAGUGGCCUACCAAAAGAGCCCAAGCAUUCUGGCUUCCGGGACUCCCACCAUGCUUUGACUUACUGCAGGUGGGGUUCCCACCCUUGGAUCCCCAGAUGUCGCUGGACUACAGCUCCCAUCAUUCCCAGCCACAGUGGCCUUUGAGGAUGAUGGGAGUUGUAGUCCAACAUCAUCUGGGGGCCCCAAGGUUGGGAAUCCCGGCACUACAGCACACAGGCAGAGUUCUAGCUUGUGUUCCCAGCUCAAGUCAUGGGACUCUCAGUAGCUGAGUGUCCUGUAUGGAGGAGGCGGGAACUUGGGUUCUAUUCCUGGUUAUUGGGAAGAAAUCGUGUUGCCAGCUGUAACAACAGUGGCUGACAUACUGCGCAGUGAAAUGGGAGCAGUAAGCGCACUGCCCACACUGCUGCAUGUAUGCAAACAGCCCUGAUGCUGCUGUGGAACAGGGCUGUUCUACUCUGCCUUAAAGUUGUGCAAACACAGUUGCACAGCACCCAUUAUUUCCAACGCAUAGCCAACUGUGUUGGCGCAGGUUUAAGACCAAACAGAACAAUCCUGUUCCACAACACCAUCAGUGCUACAGUCUUACCUAUGGGCAGCAAUGCAGACACUGCUCCAACCGCCCGUGUUUCACUGCGCAGUAUGUCAGCGCAUGAGAUUUUAACCAUGGCUGUGAAUGGAAUCUGAGUGAGGUUGUUCCUGUAUCUUUAACAACUGCAUGGAAGAUGGGAAUUCAGGAGGCAAAGUUCUGCCUGUGCUGCUGGAAGCUGUGUUUCUUGUAUUUCUGCAGCUAUUACAAGCAUAGCCAACUCUGCCAGUGAGCAAAGGUGGCAGCCCCCCAGAUCCAGGGCUCCUCAGCCCUGUGGUGCAGGGUUUCUUAACCCUGGGCCCCCAGAUGUUGUUGGACUACAACUCCCAGAAUCCCCAGCCACAAAGACCAUGUCUGGGGAUUCUGGGAGUUGUAGUCCAACAACAUCUGGUGGCCCAAGGUUAGGAAACCCUGCUGUGGGUUUGAUCAGGGGGGGAAAUGUGGCUAACUUAAUUUUGUUGGCAUUUGUGCUGCAGCAAUCUGUUCAAAGGAUUUUUUUUAAAGCAUAGUAUUUUAACUUCUAUUAACAAGAGAGAAUAUAUUUUUCAAAAUUGGUAGGAGCUUGUGGAAUGGGUUAUGAGGUGUGUUUUUUCUCUUUUGUCAUCUUUUUAUAACUACAUUGCUUCUAGGACAAUGGCUCUGUCAGUUUGCCUUGCAAGCAAGCAGAAUUAAUCUCCCCUCUGCCUGCUUGUUCUUAAAUCACUUCAGUAUUAGCCAUUCUGUUGCAUCCUUGAGUCAGAGGCUGAGACCUAGCUUGGUCCCAGAAGAAAAUGCCUUCUCUAGGGCUCCCAUGAGGAUAACGGCCAAGCUGUGGAGCAGCUACCCCAUAAACCUUAAUAUUGGGACUCAUCGGGUGAUUUUUAACUUUUCCUCAUCAGAAUUACGGGAAUGUUUUCUGUAAGUCUGGGAUCAGAUUCAUUUUUAAAACAUUUACUUUUAACCUCUGUUAAAUAUUAAAAUAGAAAUAUUUAAAUAUAAAACCUCGGUUUGGAUAAAGCACAUCAGAUAUUGCCUUAUCAUGUUUUUAAACUGGGAGCCAAGAUUCCUAGGUUUGAUUACUGUGAGCAUUGCCACCAUCCAUUCUGGAGACAGUGGUUGUUUCUUUAAGAGUUCUAUAGCAGAAAAAUGCUCUGCUCUUAACAAAACAUCAACUUCCAUUCCCAGGGUUCUUAAAAAGGUGGGAUGCUACUCCACAGGAUAUAGGAAGAAGACAGAAAUCCAGCAUUUCUAGAUUUUGAGGAUAGGGCAGAAUAUCAGGUCUAGACCCUGAAGCAUGUCCUGCACCUUCAAGGAUUGUUCAGGAGGGAAAAUUCAGCCGGAUGCAGUUUCUUCUAUUGCUGCCGUACUCUGAAUGGAAAAUCUGCACCUGGCAUAAUCUCCUUUUCUGUGCAUCUCUUAAAGGUACAGGAGUCCUCUCAAGAUCUGGAUGUGAAAAUUCUAGUGUGGCAGGAAUCCUAGAAUUCUUAUUCCUGGGUUCUUCUUGGCAAUGGAGGGGGAGUUAAUUAGCUUUAAUUUUUAUUUUUUUUUGCUCAGUCCCUCAAACAUCCACCAGAGCUCCCCCCCCCCACUCCCCAAUUUCUAUAUUCUAUACCCCAGUGCUAAUGAAGCCUUUAUUUUAUCUUGGAUGUCUGUGUUGUGAGAAAAGAAUGCUUUGUAAAGUAAAUUUGAAAGGGGGGAAAAUCACUGCUUUUCUGUCUGUCUGUCUCUACUGUACUAAAAGUUGAUUUCAAGGAA